AUGCCCCUAAUAAAACUGAGUAUAAACAUAAAAAGAAUUGUGAUAGGACUAAUAUCACUUUGGCUUGCCUAUUACUUGAUUUCAUCUUUGGCCACAGCUGGACCAAGAAUUCAUCAUCGAACAGAAUUCAAUUCACCAAAACUACAAUUAAUAAAAGAAUUAGAGAAACAUAGCAAUUGGAAAAAGUUAGGAUUAAACUUCCAACCAAACCAACGAGCAUCAUUACCCGUCGAAUCAACAUUACGUCAACAAUUAUCCUAUCAAUUUCCAUAUGAUCCUUCAAAACCAUAUCCAAAAAUAAUAUGGCAAACUUGGAAAGUUCCAUUAGAUUCUGAAGAUUUCCCCAAAAGAUAUAGAAGAUUUCAAGAAACUUGGGAAGAAAACAAUCCUAAUUAUAAACAUUUUGUCUUAACUGAUGAUGAAUGUGAAUUAAUGAUUCUGAUGUUGUAUACAACCGUACCAGAUGUCGUAAAAGCCUAUAAAAGCAUGCCAAAAAGUAUUCUCAAAGCUGAUUUCUUCAGAUAUUUAAUCUUAUUUGCCCGUGGGGGAGUAUAUUCUGAUAUUGACACUGCUGGAUUAAAACCAAUUGAUGAAUGGGUUUCUAAUUCUCCCAAGAUUUUGGAUAAACCCAAUAAUUCAGGUUUAGUGGUUGGGAUUGAGGCUGAUCCAGAUAGACCCGAUUGGAAUGAGUGGUAUGCUAGAAGAAUCCAGUUUUGUCAAUGGACUAUUCAGCUGAAAAAGGGCCAUCCGAUGUUGCGUGAAUUAAUUGCCAAAAUUACUGAAAUUACAUUGGAAAGAGAAAAGCAAGGGAACUUGAAGCAAAUUGUUGGAAAAGAUGAAGGUGGGGAUAUUAUGAAUUGGACCGGACCCGGGAUUUUCACAGAUACUGUAUUUGAAUAUAUGAAUAAUAUUUUGCAAACCCCUGAAGCUUUCAAAACUAGAAAUUAUGAAGUUUUGGUUGAUUGGAAAUUGUUUACCGGGAUGCAACAGCCUAUUGCAAUUGAUGAUGUGUUGGUUUUGCCUAUAACUUCAUUCAGUCCUGAUGUUAUGCAAAUGGGAUCAAUGCCUUCCACAGAUCCGAUGGCAUAUGCAAAGCAUAUGUUCCUGGGCUCAUGGAAGACUGAUGAUAAAGCAAUGCCAGAAAUGGAAGUGCAUCUAUAG